GAUUUGUGGCACAGAACUGCAAAGGCGGUGAUUACACAGCGUGUUUUGGUCGGAGACGAGGCGGACUCCUAUGUCAGCAAGCUCUGUGGACUUUGAUAGCCUCUUACUGACAAAGUUGCUUGACACGUUCAGUGACCGCAUACACACCAAAACCUUUGCCAAUUUACAAAGACAGACGGAUGGCGAUGUCGAGCAAAUUAACCAAGCUGUUGAACGCUUCCUCGCGGAGGGAAAUGAAUUACAACAUUGGGCCUCAAGCAUUUUACAAGCCAGCACUACCGCCCACCAACUCAAAAGAAUGGUUUUGAACCGAAACUGGAAUAGAGAAUUCUAUGAACCCAACACAGCACGAAUUCAUAAGUGUGUGGAAGAAAGUUUUCGAGAACGCCAUAAAAAGCUGGAACAAUUAUUCGCGGACUAUCUCACUCAUCGGGAUACUAAAUGUUAUCAGGAUGUCACUACAGCGGUCGCUAACAAGGAUAAGGAAGGAAAACGCAUGACCACCAAAUUUGAAGAUACGUAUGGCAAUGCCUACCGUGGGUCCACAAAACCAAGUACAACCGGUUAUCUGAAACACCAGUCUUCAACAUCCUGUCCAUUCGAUCGACAGUGGCGGCCCAGCCCAGGGCCUGCAUCGUGGAAUCGUGUGCCGCUCACGAACAUAGAAAGCGAGGUUAGAACUAAGAGCAGAUAUCGGCUCUCUGGUGCAUUUAAUGCGUCGGAAAUCACCACUCGCAUGGCAAAAGGAUGGUGUUGAAGACUCAGGUCCCAGCUGUGUAUUUUGCACGCAAUACAAAAUUCUGCUCCACA